AGGCCCAUUUGGGUGUUGGGUCCCAGACCUAGAGGGAAAGCGCAACACGGCUUACCGACAACUGGGUUUUGGGGAAGGUGGUGAACGCGUUGUCUUGCCUCACCUUGCUGGACAGACCCUAAAUUCCGAAGGAAAGAUGGAAGCAGAGCGCGGUGAUGGGCGAACGGACCUGAGCAAAAAUGAAGAAGCCAUGAAGAUCUUGAGGAGGUUAGACGUUCCACGUUCCUACUCUGAUGAGAGACACGGGUUUCCCCUCACUGAAGCUGGUGUGGUCUACACGCCAAAGCUCUUGGUGUUCCGCAGUCCUGAUCAGAAGUCCCCAGAUGGCAGAAUCACUGGUAGCCAAGCCUACUCUCCUUGGAUGACGUCUCUUUGCACAUGCGCAGCUUUAGAUCUUCGGCCAGAGCGCGGCAAUCAAGGGGCUGUCUAUGGCUAUGUGCCAGAAGGGGAGCCAAGCAAGGCAUACCUCGAAGUGACCCGAGAAAAGAUGAGAUCUGUGCUCUACGCAGCUGUGCAAGGAGGGCAUGAUUCUGUGGUGCUUGGAGCUUUGGGUUGCGGAGUCUUUGCCAACUCGCCAGAGGUCAUAGCCAGAGAGUGGCGCAAGCUGCUACAGCCAGGCGCCGAGUUCGGCGAUGCUUUCAAGGUGGUUGUCUUUGCCGUUACCUUCAGCAAGAAGAACUUUGCAGGUUUUGCAGCACAACUUGGUGACCUUGGGCCAUGCUGUGGAGACGGCUCUGGAAGUGCAGAUCACAGAAAUGAGUUUGUACAGCAUUUGAAGUAAUGCCUUCAAUGUUUCACAGGUCUCACCCUGAUGUUUCCUGAUGGCACGGCCAAUGAUUUUCGCGGAACAGAA